GAAGGAAGUGUUGGCAAGUUUUUUGCCGAAGGAUCCGUCGUUAAUUCCAGACGUAUAAUUACGAAGGAUCUCUAUAUAUUAACGAAGUUUCUUUGUUUAUAAACGAAGGUUCCCUGUAAAUUUACGAAGGAUCUUUGUAGAUUUACGAAGGUGCUUCGUAAAUUUCCAUUGUGAUUGGAAAAUCAGGAGAGAUCUUUCAAAAUAAUAAGGAAGGUUUUUGUAAAUAUACGAAGAGCUUCGUAAAUUAACGAAGGAACCAUUGGCAAUUUUUUUGCCGAAGGAUCCGUCGUUUAUUCCGCAUAUUAAUUUUUACAGUGCACACUAACAGCUUUGGUAUAACGAUAUCUUACAGGGAUCAACAACUUUCAGUUCAUUAGGGUAAGUGAGUAUGGGGCGAUUUGUAACAGAUUUUGGAAUUCUCUAUACGAAAUUUAGAACAUUCUGCAUAAAGAAUGACGUCUUUAGAAGAGACGUCCACUCCCAUGAUUCUGCGAGCUAGAUCUUCGUCGUAUUACGAGCAAAACGCUAAGAAUAAUGACAGCGCAGCAAAGUUUUAACAUAUGGUGACGAGUUCUCAUUAAUUUAUGACCAAUUCCUUCGUAUUACCAACAAAUUUGUCCGUUUUGUGAUAGAUUUGUAUCGUUACACUGCAAAUCCAAAGGCAAUAUAGUACCUUUUAUAGGCGAUACAAUUGAGUAUCGCCAAUAUUCGCCUUACGGAAAAGUAAUGCCUUCAAAACGGCGAUACACAAAAGUAUCGCCCAAAUUUGGCGAUACUUCGGGGUAUUGCCACGAUUUGGCAAUAAACGUUGCACAAAUCAAGGUGACAAGUCCUUAGUUUAAUGCCGUGGUUUUGGCGAUACCCGAAAAUAUCGCCACAUUUUGGCGAUACUUCUGUGUAUCGCCGUUCUGAAGGCAAUACUUCUCCGUAAUGCCGUUUGUUGGCGAUACUCAAUUGCACCGCCAAAAAAUGUACUUGAGUAUCGCCUUUCCAUUUGAAGUGUAAGUACUGAGACUUUCUUGAGUAUUAUGAUUGCUUGGCAUUUCUCAAUAUGAAAUCAGGAGUAAAACUAGUAAGAAGUUCAAAGGAAUAAACGCCUGAAAGACGUAAUGAUUAACAGGGUAGGUGUACGCCAGACCGUGUCUUGUCGUCGCGAUGCUGCGCAAGUUUCGACAAUCCACGCCUGGCGUGUACGCCUACCUUGGCCUGAGGCGCUAUAGCCUGCCUUCGGCAGGCUGCUUUCCCAGUCGGACCGUAGGAAUAAGCGUGAUCCCCCCCUAAAAAUUGAAUAUGGUGAUCAAAAUUUUCACUAAUGGGACUUAAUUUUGGGUCGGGGGUCAGAAUGGGUACUAUUUUCAUCAGCGCCCUCCAAAACAUAGGAAACGAUAUGGAACUUGUCUAAAAGUUCAAAGUACCAAAUAAGUUGUCUUUUUUCUGCCGUUUUUUAAAUGUUAAAAAAAAGGACAUACCUAAUAACCCUGCAAAAUCUCAGCCAGAUCGGCCAAGCUGUUCAGGAGUAGUGCACACAGACGCACACACACAGACAGAAAAGUUUUUUAACCCCACUGGAGUAACGGGCUUCGCUACCGCUCAGCCAAAAAGUUUAAAGGAAAACCUUCUUUAGUUGUGCCCCCCCCUCUCUCACACAAUGAGGGAAAUGUUUUAAGGCCACACGUAAACUUACUGCUGUGACAACCAAUCUGUUUGGUCGCUGGGGGUUCAAUUUAACGUUCGAUGGCCACAUUUAGAUCGUUUAGUCGCGCCACUUUAAUUGUGAGAUAUACUCUUAUGUUGUUGACUGUCUAUUUUACUCACUGCCACUAAAUCAAAUUAUGUCACAGUACACUGUAACAUAAUGCAGUCAUGACUGAAUGCAAUCAGAUGUGACGAGUGAAUGUUUAUUCCUGGCACGUUAACGUAAAACGGUAAAAAAGCUACUCCAAAAUGAGUAUUCGAACCUUGGGCAGUUGUAUUCCGAGUCCGUCGUCCUACCAAAGUGUUGUCGAGUGUUCUUUCCCCUUCCCCGCCAGAGUCAAUCUGAUCCCAGUCACCACCAGAGAGCACUCAGGCCCGGCCCAGUCUGGCAACCCUGGGCGGACGUUGCAGACUGCUGACGAACGACAACGACUCGCUUCACGCUGCUGAGCGCGCAGUCCAGUGCAGGUCACGCCACUCCAUCUCCUCCCUGCUGUCGCAGUACGCGCCCGGUUGGCAGGGGAAACUUUUCCCUGGAAAGUUGCUGCGCGAUCGAGUACAUCGGGAUUGUGACCUGCUGUACGCAUUAGCGUGUGAAAGUUCAGUGGUAACUGCGUGGGUGUGCGUGUGUUAGCGACCGGAAGGACCCGCGCGAGGUGCGGUGAUGGAAUCAGUACUUCUACACUCCGAGAGCAUUGGUUCGGUGCGAGUUGAAGGCGAUCGACUUCAUAAGAAGUUUCGUGAAUCCUGGACCGGAAGUCAACAGGCCGCGACUUCACUUGGCAUUGUCGAAACUGUGAGGAUGGACGCGCUGCCCGACGAGUUGCUGCUCGAGGUGCUGGGGCGCGUCGACGACGGCCUCACGCUGCUCGACGCGGUGCCGCUGGUCUGCAGGCGCUGGCACCGCCUGUCCCGCGACCCCGGCGCCUGGAGCAGCGUCACGGUGCACAUCAAAGGCUGCUUCCACUACGAGGCCAAAGGCGGUGACGAGGACGAGCAUGAUGGGCACGACGUGAUUCAGAAUGCAGCGCGCAUCCUCCUCCACGCGCCCUCACUCCGUUGCGUCGAGUUCGACGUCGCCGGCUACGGUUCCGACCGUCCCUCGCGGUGCCGCUUUGGCGAAGAUCUCAUACCUUCUGCUAUGGGCCGCUGCCGAGCUGAUGUCCGUGAGAUUUUGCUGGCGCGACCCGCUUUUUAUAAUGAUACCCACGACAGUUCUUCGGCGUAUUCGAGGCCGGCCGGAUUUUGCCAUCUUCUCGAUUUUGUGUCGAGGAGAGUGGGUCACGUCCGGUGCCUGGAGAUAGGCUACUUGCUGCAGGCAGGAACUCCGUUCGAGCGCGCCUUGGGGCAGUGCGAGAACCUGGAAGAGCUCCACAUCAUGCUACCUAACCGCUUCCAGUACGGUGGAGAGCUGAGGGGACGACGGCUGCCCAAGCUUAGAAGACUCACGCUAGAGCCUUGGUCUGUGUUGAGAGUGGAACACUGCCGGCUGUUCCUGACAGACCUCGUCGGCUGCGCGGCGCAGUCUGUGCGCCACAUCCGUUGCGAGGGUUCGUCUUCGUCAUCCGAGGACGUCCUUGCCGAGUUGCCCCGCUGCGUGGAGCUUCGGAGCCUGCACUGCGGCAUCGAGGGAGCAGCUGUGUCCAUGUCGCUGACUAGGCUACGCAGCCUGUCUCUGCUGAUACAGUUUGAUACUAUAGGGCGAAGCGAGCAGGACCAACUCCGGGCGUGGUCGGCCACAGAGCGCGCGCUUCGUGCAAGCGGUGAACUGCUAAGCCUGCGAGAGCUGCGCCUGGCUGCGGCCUCGUGGCUGUGGGACCCGAACCACCGCCAGGCCGUGUGGAGGGUUGUCACGGCUCUCGGGACCCGGACUCCGAACGUGACGAAUGUUUCCCUCGGCAGCAUCCUGGGGGAGUUCUUUCACGACUCUGUGCUGGGGUUCUUGAAGUCCCUGCCCCGGCUGGAGUCCGUCCACAUCGACGCGUUCCCGUUCCACUUGCUCCCUCGGUUGGCGGAGGUUGGUGGAAUCAAGCGGGUUUCGGGAGAUGUGACUUGGCGUUCUGAUGGGGAGGGGGACUUAUCUUGUGCCGCCGCUGAGCUGGUUGAGUUCCAGCGCCGGCGACCGGACAUAGAUUGCAGGCUCUCCGUUCGCCGCUCUUACUAUUUAUCCUCCUGAAAAAGCUGAUUUCCUCAAUUAUCUCUGAUUCAGUCACCUGCUUUUCCACUUCUCGGCCCAA